AUUUAAGGUUGAGCCAAGACCGACAACGAACCUCGGCUAGAAGGUCGACUAUUUGCGGGUGCCGCUGGAUCCGUCACGUCGGUAAAUUAACUAUCAUGGCUGCCUUUGGCAAAGUUAGUAAUUGUGUUGAACGCUCUUCAGCAUCUAUUUUUCAUGCUCUGCUUCCAUGGUAGAUACAUUUCGACAGGAUGGCUUCGAAAAGAGUGACAGUUUUCGAAUCUCCGCCACUGGACGACAGCAAAGCUUCGAUCGAGAAUGUCCUUGAGUUAACGCCAAUUCUUGACAUUGGGCCUGAUGUUUUCACGAAUACUCGUCCCCUCUGGCAUCCUCCCGGCGCGCGGGGCAUCUUCGGAGGCGCCGUGAUCGCACAAUCCCUUUGCGCUGCCCAGCGCACCGUCCCCGAACAUUUCUAUGUGCACAGCAUGCACUGCUAUUUCGUUCUUGCUGGCGACUCCGAAAUCCCCAUUAUCUAUCACGUCGAACGCGUGCGAACCGGCAAAAGCUAUGCGACCAGAACUGUGCAAGCAAGACAACGCGGACGGCCGAUCUUCACAACCACGCUCAGCUUCAAUAAAAUCCAGAGCGGUGGGGAUAAAAAGGUCGAGCAUGGGUCUACAAUGCCGGUAGUAUCCCCGCCAAAGAACACGCCGACGCCGCCGGACGCAAGGAGUCCAUUUGAGACACAGAGGUUAGAUGGAGAUAAUUCAUUGAAAGACACCCCUAUCGACGAAAGGCGUCUGUAUCAAUGGGUACGGUUUCGCGGUGAAAUCUCCGAGUCUGGUGGCCACCAAGCGCAUCUUUCUGCACUCGCAUACAUGUCCGACAGCUAUUUCAUCGGUACAGUAGCGCGAGUGCACGGCAUUCCACGAUUUUCUUCUCCCGCUGCCCUGCAACGCGUAAUGAAAGCGCUCAAGAACCCGUCUGAUCUCGACGGCGACGGGAUCUCACGGUAUUUCAAGGAACUCGCUGAAGAGGAGGCGGCAGAGAUUCGAGCGAGCACGAUUAACGGCACGCUGACGGCGAAUAAGCUUUCAUCGAUUAUCAAGCGUAGGGAUAACCGCGAGAUUGGCAUGAUGGUCAGUCUAGAUCACACGAUCUAUUUCCAUGAUCCGCUAGCCUUCCGAGCCGAUGAUUGGAUGCUAUGCAGGAUGGAGAGUCCGUGGGCUGGUGAAGGCAGAGGACUAGUCAUGCAGAAGAUUUGGUCCAAAGAUGGGGUGCAUAUUGCGACGUGCGUGCAGGAGGGCGUCGUCAGAUUGCGGCAGGACGAGGAGGCUAGAGACGCAAAACUCUAGCUUUUCGUAGAUCUCGUUUGGUGAAUUAUUGUAUAGACCAAAUGCUGGGGGCCUGGGUCCUCCUAUGAAUUAUAUCAUGCGCAUAGACACUAUUAUAAUAUAUAAGAAUAUUGUUAUC